CCGCGCCUCAUCGAAGUCAUCUGCAACGACCGUCUCGGGCGCAAGGUGCGCGUCAAGUGCUCGCCCGACGACACCAUCGGCGACCUCAAGAAGAUGAUCGCCGCACAGACGGGCACCGUGCCCGAGAAGAUCCAGCUGAAGAAGUGGUACACCGUGUUCAAGGACCACAUCACGCUCAGCGACUACGAGGUGCACGAUGUGAGUAUGCGGCACGGCGUCUGUGUGGCUCGGGUGUGCAUUGGCCCUGGUCUUUGGUGAUGGCGUGUGUCUUAGUCGCAGAUGGCGCAUGCCUCACUCUGGCUUGCAGCUGCCGCCUUCGAGGCAGUGGCUGGAGUUCAGCGGCUGUCGCUUUCGCUUGCAGCAGCUGUCGCUCUGUGGUGCAGCAGCCGUUGCUUUUUGGUGCAGCUGCUGCCGCUCAUUCAGCAUCAGCCAAUGUUUGGAGCGCAGCAGCUGUUGCUCUGGAGUGCAAUGGCUGCCGCUCCGGAGCGCAGUGGCUGUCUCUUUCCUGUUCCCCGUCCCCUCCCUUCCUCUGGCACGGCCCAAGUCAACUCCCGCGUCUCCCGCAUCAUCUCGUGCGCUCUCUCGGCGCCGGAACCUACUGCUUCUUGCACGUGGUGAACGUGGCCGCGGAGAGCGUGCGGGCGCGGAGCGGCGCCAUGGUCCUUGAUUGCGUCCGGCAACCUUCGUGCCACAGAUCCACGGUGACUCGGCCCCUCGUAUCUGCCCGUCUGGUCGGCUAUCAGCACCGCCGAUGGGUUCGUUGAGUAGCGGGCACAUCUCUUCUCCUCUCUCCUCCACCUCUCUUGCUUUCUGCAGUGCAUUACCAGCGUCGCACAUUGCUGACCGCUCAUCCACUGCACAGGGCCAGUCGCUUGAGAUGUACUAGCUGCCCGCCCCUGCUCUGCUCGCCAUCAUAUCCCGCUCGCCCGUCUCGCGCCAUUCCACACAUCCGUCUUGUCUCCAACUGUAUUACAAUUGAUCCGGUCACUG